AUGGCAUACAACAGCUAUGGCAAUGGAGGUGGCUAUGGUCAAAGCAAUCCAUACGGCACCAACUCGGGCUACGAUACUCCUCCCACAUACAAACCUCAAAACGAUGUCGAAAUGCAACCACUCAACGACCCAUUCGCCGACCCCUAUGGUGCUGGUCAAUCAGCCGAUCCGAACGCUAUCCUGAACGACUGCCGUGAAGUUGGUCGCGCUAUUGAUGAUGUGGAGGGUCGUCUUCAAGGCCUUCAACGCCUUCAUAGGCAGUUUGUCUCAGGCACUACCGCCAGUAAUAAGGAAAUUGACGCUAUGGGUUCCGAGAUCAUGACUGCCUACCGUGGCCUCGCCGACCGCGUGAAGAGAAUCAAGUCCAGACCUGAGUCUAGGAACCCUCGCAACGAAGCUCAAGUCAACGCCCUCGACCGUCGCAUUCGCAAAGCAAUCAACAACUACCAAACCGUCGAGUCCCAGUUCCGCAAGGACGUUCAAGAACAGCAACGUCGCCAAUACCUCAUCGUCAACCCUGAUGCCACCGAACAAGAAAUCAUCCAGGCGACCGAAUCCGGUGCCGAUACACAAAUCUUCCAACAAGCGCUCAUUAAUUCGGACCGCAGAGGCCAGGCUCAGAGCACUUUGGCCAACGUUCGCCAGCGCCACGACGCUAUCCAGCAAAUUGAGCGUACCAUGACCGAAUUGGCUCAGCUAUUCCAGGACCUUGACGAAAUCGUCAUGCAGCAAGAGCCCAUGAUUAUGAACAUCGAGGAAAAGGCCGAAGAAACGCAGACGAAUAUGGUUCAAGCAAACGAGCACCUCGAUGUGGCCACUACCAAGGCCAGAUCUGCCCGUAGAAAGAAGUGGUACUGCUUGGGUAUCUGCAUUGCCAUCAUUAUUGUCAUUGUCCUUAUUGUUGUCAUCUAUCUUGCUGCAACGGGCAAGCUUAGCAGCCACAACAACAACAAGACUGCUUGA